AUGAAUGCUGUGUUGUGUAUUUUGCAUGCCAUCAUCACUUUCCGCUUUUUGCCUUCCCCUCCAUCGUCAUGGGAUACUGUGAUGGUCACUAUGCAAAUUACACUGUGGACCUGUUACUCUGGUUAUAGAGAUGAUGAAAAGGGCUUUUAUACAGUUUAUCAUAACGUUUUUGAAAUGAUUGUGAAGGAAGAGCUAGAAUCUAUGUUAGAAGAGGAGAUGGAAGAUUUCCCCACUUUUGGAGACUCCCAGAGUGACUAUGAUAUGGUAGUCCACCCUUUCUAUGCCUGUUGGCAUUUCUGCACUCAGAAGAACUUUCCUUGGAAGUAAGAAUAUGAUACAUGGCAAGCUUCAAACGGCUGGGCGAAAGAGCCAUGGAAAAAGAAAAAAAAGAUUCAUGACAAAGCAAGGAAGGAGAACGAGCUUGUGCGCCAGCUGGUCGCGUUCAUCCAUAAGAGAGACAGAAGAGUGCAGGCGCAUCCGAAGCUCAUGGAGGAACAGAAUGCCGAGAAGGCCAGGAAGGCAGAGGAGAUGAGGCGGCUGCAGAAGCUGAAGGAGGCCAAACUGGCUGAGCAGUACAAGGGACAGAGCUGGAUGACCAUGGCCGACCUGGGAAAGGAGCUCAAGGAAAUGGAGGUGGGCUACGAGAAGGAGUUUGGAGAUGGAUCAGAUGAAGAUGAGACAGAGGAAUCUGAGCCCAAAGAUGGGACAGAGGAAUCUGAGCUCAAAGAUCGGCACGGUGGUAAAGACAGUGAUGAGGCUGAGGAUGCUGAGCUGUAUGAUGACCUUUCCUGCCCAGUGUGUGACAAAUCUUUCAAGAUGGAAAAGGCCAUGAGGAAUCAUGAAAAAUCAAAGAAGCAUUGGGAAAUGGUUGCCUUGUUAAAACAACAGUUGGAGGAGGAGGAAGAAAAUUUUUCAGGACUUCAAACUGAUGAAAAUCCAUUAAAUGCCAAUUCUGAGGAAGAAAUAGAAGAUGCACCAAAACAAAAGCUUUCCAAAAGGCAGAAGAAAAAGAAACAGAAACCAGCGCAGAAUUAUGAUGAUAAUUUCAAUGAAAAUGGAACUGGAGAAGAAGUAAAGUUUGAAUCAGAAGAUACCAACUUAAAUCAAGACUGUGCCAAAGAAUUGGAUGGGAGUCCCCAAGAAAGUAUCACUUUCACUGAGACUGUUGAACUCUGUGAUGAUCCAAAAAAUGAAGCUAAGAAUGCUCCUAAACCCAAAGGAAAAAAAGCCAAAGAUAUGAAAAAAUCUGUCAAAGUACCUGCUGAACCACAGACAGUGAGUGAUGUUCUUAUCAGCUAUUCAACCUGCCAUAGUGAGUUUCCAUCCCGGAAUAAACUUUUUGACCAUCUGAAGGCCACAGGUCAUGCAAGAGCACCUUCAUCAUGUUCUUUAAACAGUGUAACAAGUAGUAGAAGCAAGAAAGGGAAACAUAAAAACAGAAAUUCUGCCAACGCUUUUUCUUUUUGA